AGUUGUUGCUCAUGCGACACUAGUUUGUACAGUUUACUCUAAUUGUAAAUAUUUAAAUAAAUUAUCUGUCAUAUUUGAAUUUUUAAAUUAAAUCAAAUUUAAUCUACUUAGUAAAAGUGAUUUAAUAAUUAAAAUAUAUAAUCUUCUGGUGCCAUUUAAUUAAUUUAAAUGGCUAUUGACAAUCAGAGUAAAUAAAAAUAAAUAAUAAUUGUCAGUCAUGCUGAUUGUGCGACGAACGCGGGGUGUAGCAUCAGCAAACCCUGGGAUUAGUUUCCGCUGCACUAUUUUAGUUAGCAAAAAUAAUUUACAUAAAUUAAAUAACAAAAUAAAAAACUUUAAAUUUUUACGAGAUGAUCUUCAAGGUUCUGACAUUUACAGAAAAUUAAAUGAAAAAUUAUCACGCUACCGUCUGCUUGACAAUCGCAGACGGCAUAUCACGUUGAUAGAUCAGGGAGCGUCCAGAUCGGCGUACGUACUCUGAAACAGGACAUGAAUCACUGUGCAAUUGACGGUCAGUGAUUGAAACACUCUCUGUUAGUGUGUACUGUCUACUAUGUAUGAUCCAUGAUGCCAUGAGGGCAAUUUGUCGAUCUCAUUACCGGUGAGCACCCAACACCGGUGUACGUACGCAUCUUGGUUGUCAGUUAAUAGCACCGGUCAUCAGCAUAGCAGUGUUUUCAAAACGUCAGUCGCCGAACCAAGUAUUUGAUUUAUUGCCGGUGCUCGUGUUAUUGUAUAAAUAUUUUAUUACGAAUAUUUUUUUUCAUUCGUCACUCAUUUAAUCGGCGUAUUGUGGUGGUAAUUAGAUGUGCUGAUCAAUUACAGUUACAGCUGGUGAUAUAAAAGCGAUAGUUGAUUAUUAGAAAAAAUGUGGCUCUGCUGAAACAGAAACCUUGGCGCAAAUUGCGCAAAUCAUUGGAGAUUAAUUUCAACCCUAUCACCAGAAAGUAAGGUGUUGAUAAUAGAAAUUCGUCAGAACGUAUUAAUUUAUUGUCCGAUUAUUGUUAAUUUUUAUUUUAUUUAAAAAAAAGAGUCAAGUGCAGGCACACUCUUUCUCUUUCUCUCUCUUUUUCUUCUUAAAUUGAACCAAACUACCUCGAUAUUGUUUUAGACACCAAUGCUUAUUGUAUUUGAGAGUAGACAAAUGACGUAAGGGUUAAAAAAAUAAUAAUAAUAAUUAAAAUUAAGAAACAGUGAGUAUUUAAAUUUAAAAAACCGCGCGUUUCGCGGACUAUCAAAAAGUAUUAAUUUAAAGUAAAGAGAACGAGUUUAAUUAAUUAAGUCGUGAUGUAUUAUAAAGUAAAGAACAAUUCAAAAUUAUCAACAAUGAUAGUAUGCAGUUUGUUGAUUCUGCAAAUGAUUGCAAUGACAGCAGCAAAAAAGGCGUUACAAAAUACCGAACCACCACCAUGUUCGAGUAACAUUUACUGCCAUGGAGAAUUAUUGCACCAAGUGCAAAUGUCUCGAAUAUUUCCUGAUUCAAAAACGUUUGUCGAUAUGAAGAUGAAGAAAAGCCCGUCAGAAACAUUGGAAAAAUUUGAAAUUAUGAUGAAUGACGUAACCGAGCACCCACCCUCCCCUGAAGAAAUAAGACGUUUUGUUGAUGAAAAUUUUGACGAAGCGGGAUCUGAAUUUGAAGAUUGGAACCCCAUCGACUGGCGAAAAGAACCGAAAUUUUUGAAAGGAAUAAAAGACCCGAAUUUGCGUAAAUUUGCGUCCGAUUUAAAUGACAUUUGGAAGUCCUUGGGCAGAAAAAUGAAGGAGGACGUUCGUAUUAAUCAGGAUCUCUAUUCAAUACUCUAUGUACCUCAUCCAGUUAUCGUUCCCGGGGGGAGAUUCCGUGAAUUUUACUACUGGGAUUCGUACUGGAUAAUUAAAGGCCUCCUGCUGUCAGAGAUGCACGUGACAGUGCGCGGUAUGUUGACCAACUUUGUAUCCAUAGUGAAAGAGUACGGUUUCAUUCCCAACGGCGGGCGAAUUUACUACACGAUGAGAUCGCAGCCGCCGAUGUUGACACCAAUGGUCAAAGUUUAUCUCGACGAAACCAAUGAUGUUGAUUGGCUCAAAGAAAAUCUUUGGCUGCUUGAAAAGGAAUUUAACUUUUGGAUGACCAAUCGCACUGUCGAGGUAGAGAAAAAUGGACACAACUACACGUUAGCUAGAUAUUAUGAGAAUUCAAGCGGACCUAGACCUGAAUCUUAUCGGGAAGAUUAUAUGGCAGCGGAAAAUCUUCACAAUGAAGACAAAGAUGACUAUUAUAAAGAGCUAAAGAGCGCGGCUGAAUCAGGCUGGGAUUUUUCUAGUCGUUGGUUUAUACUAGAUGGAACAAACAAAGGCAACUUGAGUAAUCUGAAAACAAGAUACAUAAUCCCGGUUGAUCUCAAUGCUCUUAUAUUUCGCAAUGCCGUUUUACUGGCCGAGUUUAACGAGAUGAUAGGUAACUUGGGCAAAGCUUUGGAGUACCGUAGAAUAGCUGAGGAGUGGAAGGAAGCAGUCGACGCGGUACUGUGGCACGAGGACGUAGGAGCUUGGCUGGACUACGAUAUCCUCAAUAAUUUAAAACGGGACUACUUUUAUCCCACUAACGUCCUGCCGCUCUGGACAGAGUGCUACGAUAUCACAAAACGUGAAAUUUACGUCGACAAAGUGCUCAAGUAUCUCGAUAAAAGUCAAAUAAUGUUAAAUCUCGGCGGUAUACCUGCGACAUUGGAGCACUCUGGUGAACAAUGGGAUUACCCCAAUGCCUGGCCUCCGCUACAAUAUUUUGUCAUUAUGGCUCUGGAUAAUUCCGGUGAUCUACAUGCUCAGAGACUGGCUUAUGAACUGAGUGAGAUAUGGGUGCGGAGUAAUUACAAGGCAUUUAAAGCCAACAACAGUAUGUUUGAGAAGUACGACGCAACUGUUUCGGGAAGCGGAGGUGGCGGAGGAGAAUACACCGUCCAAUUAGGAUUCGGCUGGUCGAAUGGGCUUGUUUUAGAUUUAUUAAACAAAUAUCAUAAUCGUCUCUCCGCUGACAGCCACUUUGUACCAUCCCUGACGAUUGAUACCAAUGAAUUAGCUUUAGAAAAUUUAAUACCGAAUACUGUAGGCGGGGUAUCAACUGCUGGACAAGUAAUGACUGGCCUACUUGCGCUCAUCAUAUCUAUCGCCGCAGGAUUUAUUGGAUUGUUAAUGUACAAGCGACGUAAUGAUUAUACUCAAAGUACUCCAAUUUCAAAUGGAAAACGUAAGAGUAUGAGUGAGAACAAUAUAAGAAACCAUAUUGCGUACACGGAAUUAAAGUGUAUGAGCAGCGAUUGACUAUUCAGGUAAAAAGUGAUUAGUAAUUAUUAAUUAUUAAGGACAUUCUGACAGUGUUACUACUUUUUAAAAAUAUCCAAUAACUCAACUGUCAUACGCGUAUCAAUUACUAAAAAAAAUUGGAGUUUUAAUUGAAAAAAUGACAAUUGUCCUGAAAUAUAGAAUUUAAAAAAAAUGACGCAGUUGCUAUCAACCUGCAAAGUUUGAAAAUUCUAAUUAUCAAAUUAGCAUGAAGAUUUUACUGAAAUUUACUUGAUAAGUUUCGUUUAGCUCACAAUUGAUUUCAAUUGCUAGUGCUUUUUUUUAUCUAUGUCUUAGCAAAAUCACAACUCUGUCUGUUUUUCAAUUCAUGCUUUGAUUUUUUUCAAUUAAUUGAUUAAAUAUUGAUACAUUUAUGACAGUUGUCAUUGAAAAUUUUUAAAAAGUACGGGGUAUUGUUUGAAAAUGCUCUUAACUAUUAAUUAAUUGUUAAUGAGAAUACUAGGUAUAAAUAAAAUAAAGUGGCCUUUGCGUCGAUUAUAAAAACCAAGUUGAGAUUAAUGCUACUGCUCGCUUGGGCUAAAUAGACAAAUUGUAUUAUUAACCCUUAAGAGAAAGACUUAGACUAUCCAUCAUAUCUGCUCUUAAAAUUAAUCGAGUUCAAUUAAUUACUUUUUCAGUAGUUAGAAAAUUUUUACGUUCCUUAAGGGUUAAAUAUCACUUGUAAAUUACAAGUUGUAAUGUAUUUUUAUAUAUAAAUUAAGAUGCGAAUGUUAAUUGCAAAUGGUAUUUCAAUGAAUGGUUACAAUGAUUGUAAAAUAGUUUUUAAAAAACUGAGCACUGAGGUUCAUUUUAAUUAACAGAUAAUCAAUGCAAAUAGUUAAUUGUCAAUGGGUGGUAUGGAUUAUUGAUUAUUUUUUCUUGAUCAACAAUCAAUGUGUCAACUUCAUAUCACUCAAACGCCAUAUAAAUUAUUUGUUUUAUUAUUAUUAUAUUUUUUAUUAGCUGAAGUAGACAAUUGUGAGAAUUUAAAUGUCAAAUAAUAUCGAUUGUAUCAAAUGAUUUUUAAGAAUGGUGUAAAAAAAAUUUUGUGAUACUCGCGAUUAAUGUAAAUAGAUUUUUUGAAUUUUUAAUGCUGAUAAUAUAUAAUGAUACGUAAUAGCAAAUACUCCCUAGCAUAUAUAUGUAGUGCAUUAAAUAAAGUCGACUAUCCGUCAUAAGUCUGAUCUAUAGGACGCAGGAUAAAUUUUUUUUGUAAUCUCAGUCUCUCCACAACCGUGUGUCACAUUUUAAUCUCGAUUACUCAUUAUAAGCCUCGGUAUAAAAUUUAUCACUACAAUUAUAAACAAUAAAUGAUAUUUUACUUGAUGAUUCAA